AUGUCGACAUCACGUCGCGAUAAGUUGUUAAGCAUCGAGGCCGCAGCGCAGGAGCGCUGGGCGCGGGAGAAACUGCAUGAACAAAACGCCCCCUUGAGGAGUGAGCCAGUUCCAAGCAAGUUCUUCGUCACCUUUCCGUACCCGUACAUGAACGGCCGUCUGCACCUUGGCCACGCGUUUUCUCUGACAAAGAGUGAAUUCGCAUCCCGCUUUUGGCGAAUGAAGGGGCGCCGCUCACUUUGGCCGUUCGGAUUUCAUGUCACCGGCACCCCCAUUGCGGCCUGUGCACAGAAGAUCAAGAAUGAAAUUGAGUUGUACGGCAACCCACCACAAUUCCCAGAAGAAGUGGUGGAGUCGCCGAAAGAGGAGAAGAAGGAUGAGGUUGCUGCCAUUGGUCAAUAUAAAGGUAAGCGCGGGAAGACGGCCGCUCCAAAGCCACAGUGGAUUAUUAUGCGCGCUAUGGGCAUUCCCGACAACGAAAUUAUAAAGUUUGCUGAUCCACUUUAUUGGCUGGAUUACUUUCCGCCAAUUGCCAUGGAAGACUUAAAGCGAUUUGGUUGUCACAUUGAUUUUCGUCGCUCGUUUAUUACCACGGACCGCAACCCAUACUACGACCGCUUUGUUUCAUGGCAGUUUCGACAUUUGAAAGCGGCGAACCUUCUCGCGUUUGGUAAGCGAUACUGUGUGUACUCACCAAUGGACUGCCAGCCUUGUGCUGAUCAUGAUCGGGCAAGUGGCGAGGGUGCUCUGCCACAGGAAUAUACACUUGUGAAGCUGAAGGUACAGAAGGCAGUAGAGCAACCCGCAUUUGCAAACUUUAGCAGGAUUAUAGGUGAUCGUACAGUCAUUUUGCCUGCAGCAACGCUGCGUGCAGAGACUGUGUGCGGUCAGACUAACUGUUGGGUUUCCCCCAAUUUCACUUACAAGGCAUAUGCCGUUCAGAACAGGGCUGGUGAAGAGGAAAUUUUCAUCAUGACAUCACGUGCUGCACGGAAUAUGGCUUAUCAAGACUUUGUUAUCAACGGCGCGACGGGUACAGAUCCUACUCCGUUGUUUGAAGUGGAGGGAGCGAAGCUUGUGGGAUUGCCCCUCUCCUCCCCACUCUGCCCCUACCCCACUAUUUACACAUUACCUAUGCAAACCAUUACGGAUGUCAAAGGCACCGGUGUGGUCAUGAGUGUCCCUUCCGAUAGCCCCGAUGAUUACAUUAAUUUAACGCAACUUAAAAAGAAGCCCGAGUACCGUGCCAAGCUGGGGAUUAAAGAUGAAUGGGUGAAUUUUGAAAUCAUUCCACUGAUUGAUAUACCUGGAGAAAUGGGUUGUGAGUCUGCCAAGUAUAUGUGUGAAAAGCUUAAGAUUAAUGGACCGCAGGCUGCAGACCUUUUAGAGGAGGCCAAAAAAGCCGUCUACCAGGCGGGUUUUUAUCAAGGUGUUAUGAUUGCUGGCCCCUUCGCUGGUGAAAAGGUUCCUAUUGCCAAGGUUAAGACAAUGCAACUUCUGACCGAAAAAGAUUGGGCAAUUUGCUAUUAUGAACCUGCCCGUCUUGUCAUGAGUCGAUCUGGUGAGGAGUGUGUCGUGGCAUUAUGUGAUCAGUGGUACAUUGAAUAUGGGAAAGAAGAGUGGAAGAAGGCCGUAAUGAAGCAUCUUGAGGAUAUGAACAUGUUCUUCCCUGGAGUGCGCAAUGGGUUUGAAGAAACGCUAAAUUGGCUUGCGGACUGGCCAUGUAGCCGUACUCUUGGAUUGGGUACGAAGCUUCCGUGUGAUGCGAGUGGAACAAUGUUGAUUGAUAGCUUGAGUGAUUCAACUAUUUACAUGGCGUACUACACCAUUGCCCACCUUAUUCAUACCUCACCUGAGGACAAACACAGCCUUGAUGGGCGCCAGGAAAACGUAUUGGGUGCCACACCAGAGAUGUUUACCGAUGAUACUUUUGACUAUGUUUUCCUUGGUAAAGGCACGCCAGAGAGUGUUCAUGCGGUCAAUGGACUCCCGAUUGAGGCGGCAAAAAAGAUGCGGCAAGAGUUUAACUUUUGGUACCCGGUGGACCUUCGCUGCUCUGCGAAGGAUCUCAUUCAAAACCAUUUGACAAUGUUCCUCUACAAUCAUGCAGCCAUUUGGCCGGACGACACAAGCAAGUGGCCAAGAGCCAUUUUUGCCAAUGGUCACAUUCAGGUAGAUAACGAAAAGAUGUCCAAGUCAAAGGGCAACUUUCUGACUCUUGCAGAAACGAUUGAAUUAUACGGCAGUGAUGCCACACGUCUUGCCUGCGCUGAUGCAGGUGAUAGCCUUGACGAUGCGAACUUUGUUCGUGAAACCGCCACUGGGUUUGUUCUCAAAUUGACCACGGCAAUGGAUGGAGCACAGGAGAUGCUGCGCAACAAAGAUACUCUGCGGGGCGGGGAGUACAACAUUUUUGACAAGGUCUUUAACAACUCCAUUAACUCUAUCAUUUUUCAAACUGAAAAAUUCUAUGUGGGUAUGCAGUUUCGAGGCGUGCUAAACCUUGCAUUUUUUGAACUGUCAAACGAAUUCAGUCAAUAUAAGUUGAAUUGCGACGAUCUUCAGGUACAUGCAGACCUUGCUCAUCGAUAUGUUGAGGUCCAGACGCUACUAUUGGCCCCAUUGGCUCCACACUUUUCGGAGUACAUGUGGACAAAUGUUUUGGGCAACAAGACAUCGGUUGUCUGCGCGUUAUUUCCUGAGCCAACAGCGCCGGUGGAGUACGCCAUACUGGUGGCAAAUCGUGUCAUGACUAAUGUAGUGAAGGAGAUUCGCUCUCAGGUGGUGAAGGCACAGAAAAAACGUGGCCCUGUCGAGGAGGUGUUCAUCUACACUGCCAUGAACUACUCCGCAUGGCAAAUUAGGGCACUCCGACUGUUGCGUGACGUAUAUGAGGCACAUGGGAAAUCCUUCCCAGUGAACCUCUCUAAGGAAGCGAUGUCGCGCAAAGAGGACUGGAUGACAAAAGACAUCAUCCCCGACGUCAUGGCAUUUCUGUCCUUCACCAGGAUAAAUGUGGAGCGAUGUGGCGAAGAGGCGUUGUCAGAAACACCCGCUAUUAACGAUGCAGAGGUCCUGCAAAGCGUGCUGUCUAAUAUCUGCAAGCUGUCCGGUGUGCCUACGGUGCACAUUCUUGCCAACGACGACGAGAAGUACCCGGAGCACCGGGCGGCGCGGCGCAAAUGUCGCCCUGGCGAACCCGCCAUCGUCUUCCCCACGAAGAAGUAG